CGGGCAUGCCCUUUCCCCCGAGCGGGCCAGCUGCGUGGCGCCCCGAUCAGCCGCAGCGGCUGUGGGCCUGGAGCUCUGAGCCUGGGGACGCCAGGGCCAGGGGUCAGCCUCUCCCUAAAGGUUCCGGGCGCAGCGAGGCCGAGACGCGGGAGUGCAUCUACUACAACGCCAACUGGGAGCUGGAGCGCACCAACCAGAGCGGCCUGGAGCGCUGCGAGGGCGAGCAGGACAAGAGGCUGCACUGCUACGCCUCCUGGCGCAACAGCUCGGGCACCAUCGAGCUCGUCAAGAAGGGCUGCUGGCUGGACGACUUCAACUGCUACGACAGGCAGGAGUGUGUGGCCACCGAGGAGAACCCCCAGGUGUACUUCUGCUGCUGUGAAGGCAACUUCUGCAACGAGCGCUUCACCCACCUGCCCGAGGCUGGGGGCCCGGAAGUCACGUACGAGCCACCCCCGACAGCCCCCACCCUGCUCACGGUGCUGGCCUACUCCCUGCUGCCCAUCGGGGGCCUCUCCCUCGUCGUCCUGCUGGCCUUCUGGAUGUACCGGCAUCGCAAAGCCCCCUACGGCCACGUGGACAUCCAUGAGGACCCUGGACCUCCACCCCCAUCCCCUCUGGUGGGCCUCAAGCCCCUGCAGCUGCUGGAGAUCAAGGCUCGGGGGCGCUUUGGCUGUGUGUGGAAGGCACAGCUCAUGAACGACUUCGUGGCUGUCAAGAUCUUCCCACUCCAGGACAAGCAGUCGUGGCAGAGCGAGCGGGAGAUCUUCAGCACGCCUGGCAUGAAGCACGAGAACCUGCUGCAGUUCAUCGCCGCCGAGAAGCGCGGCUCCAACCUGGAGGUGGAGCUGUGGCUCAUCACGGCCUUCCACGACAAGGGCUCCCUCACGGAUUACCUCAAGGGGAACGUCAUCACGUGGAACGAACUGUGUCACGUGGCAGAGACCAUGUCCAGAGGCCUGUCGUACCUCCACGAGGACGUGCCCUGGUGCCGUGGAGAGGGCCACAAGCCGUCUAUCGCCCACAGGGACUUUAAAAGCAAGAAUGUCCUGCUGAAGAGCGACCUCACGGCCGUGCUGGCUGACUUCGGCCUGGCCGUUCGGUUUGAGCCGGGGAAACCUCCCGGGGACACCCAUGGGCAGGUAACGGACUCGGGGUGUGAGAGGGGGUGGUAUUGCCCUUGUGGUGCUCAGCUGGCAAGGCGCAGGAGCCCGGGUGGCUGCGUGAGCCCAGAGCGCCCCCAGACCCCCGAGAACAGGGCUCAUGCACCGCCAGGGAGAGCAUGGCCUGGGCGGCGGCGAGGGAGCCGGGCCUGGCAGCUGAGACGCGCCGAGGAUUCCUGGUGGGGGUUUUGGCCACUUGUCCUUGUCGCCUCGGUUUUACUCUCUCUUUUUCUUUUUAAACCGGUGGACGAGUACAUGCUGCCCUUUGAGGAAGAGAUCGGCCAGCACCCCUCGCUGGAGGAGCUGCAGGAGGUGGUCGUGCACAAGAAGAUGCGGCCCGCCAUUAAGGAUCACUGGCUGAAGCAUCCGGGCCUGGCCCAGCUCUGUGUGACCAUCGAGGAGUGCUGGGACCACGACGCGGAGGCUCGGCUGUCCGCGGGCUGCGUGGAGGAGCGGGUGUCCCUGAUCCGGAGGUCGGUCAAUGGCACUACCUCGGACUGUCUGGUCUCCCUGGUGACCUCCGUCACCAACGUGGACCUGCCCCCGAAGGAGUCGAGCAUCUAAGCCCAGGACCCGAGAGGCUCUCCAGACUCGAUGGAUCUGAAGAGGAAAGGAAAGGCGUGUUUUGUUCCGGAAGUCCCACACCACCAACAAACACAUAAAAUGCAGCUGCUAUUUUACCUUGA